AUGGAAAACCAAUGGAAUUGACCCUCAUUUCAUUGGGUUGUUGUGUCUGUCAGCUAUCUAGUAACUCGUUUAAUCACAAAUAUACACGUGUAUGUGUCCUAAGAGCGGCGGACAAUGUCUACCCGGGCUCUGCGACGGCUCAAAGGGAAACAGCGGGGUCAGGAGGCCUUGGAUCUCGGGGAUCUAACUUUGGGUGACGACUCGGAGGAGCAGGCUGCGGGUGAGGAGGAGCAGCUGGACUCGGCUAAUGUUUCUCCUCCGUCUAACAGCAAAGGCAACAGCCGAAAGGCAAAGAAAAACAAGGCUCAGAAAAACUUCAGCAACAUUUAUGAACUGAUCGGUGAUGCUGACAACGAAGCAGAGAAAAUCUCACCUGAUGAAGAGGCAGAGGAGCCAGAUGGGAAUAAUACAAAUGUCACAGAAACAAAUGAUAACAGAGAAGCUGAGGAACCAGAUCAAAAGCAAGAGGAAACGUCUACAAAGUCUUCGUCUGGAGACAGAGUUAAAAAGAAGAAGAAAAAGAAAAAGACAAAAGUGACUUCAGAAAAUGGAAAGGAGGCUGUACCAGAUGAUAACAUUGAUUUAUUGCUGCAAAAUCUGGAGCAGUCCAACGGUCUGACUUUGCAAAAUGAGGAUUGCAGCGGCUCCGACAGAAGAUCUGUGCUACAUGUUGAGCACAGGAACCUCAACCCAGAGACGGAGCUGAAGAGAUAUUUUGGGGCUCGAGCUGUUCAGGGGGAUCAAAGACCACGACAGAGAAACAGACAGUUUCACCGUAGCACCUGGAUGACCAAUCCUAAGGACAGCUGGCCUCGUUUCAGCCGCCCAGGAAUCUCAAUGACCCUACUGCAGUCAAAGGAAGGGAUUCAGUGCUUCACCUUUGAGCACGGUCGGCAGUACCAACAAGUACAGUUCAAGUUCCUGGAUGCUGUCGAGUCCAUGGAUCCCAACAACAUUGUGGCAUUGCUACAGCUUAACCCCUACCAUAUUGAUUCCUUGCUGCAGCUCUCUGAUGUCUGCCGCAUACAGGAGGAUCAGGAGAUGGCCAGGGACCUCAUCGAGAGGGCCAUGUACAGCUUUGAGUGCGCCUUUCACCCGUUAUUCAGUCUGACCUCAGGUACCAGCAGACUGGAUUAUCUGCGUACAGAGAACAGGGCAUUUUAUCUGGCUCUUUAUAAACACAUGAUGUUCCUGGAAAAGAGAGGAUGCCCACGGACGGCGUUGGAGUACUGCAAACUUAUUCUGAGUUUGGACCCAGACGGUGACCCACUUUGCAUGCUCCUGCUCAUUGACUUCCUGGCGCUGCGCUCCAGAGAGUACCAGUUUCUCCUCCAGUUACAUCAGGACUUGGAGGUGCACAGAAAUCUGUGCCUGCUGCCAAACUUUGCAUUCUCCACUGCACUUUGUCAUUUCCAUCUCAGUCAGCAGGAAGAUGUGGAUCCUGAAGAAAGUGACAAUGACAGACGCAAAGCUGACCAGUUGCUUCAGAAAGCUCUCAUCAUGUUCCCCGGAGUCUUGAUUCCUCUGCUGGAUCUGUGUACUGUGCAGCCAGAUGCCACAGUCAGCUCACAUGCCUUCUUUGGCCCAAAGAGCCAGAUUGGGCAGCCCCCAGCCCUGGCGGAACUGACUGCUCUGUAUGUGGGGAGGACUCACAGUAUGUGGAGAGAGGCGGCAGUAAUGCUUUGGUUGGAAGAGUCUGUGAAAGAGGUGCUGCGUCGAGUUGAUGCCAAAGACCCUCUGGUAGACGACUGCCAAAAUAAAAAGGAGAGGUACAAGUGUGCACCAAGGAACAUCCAUCGUCACGUCCUCCUCUCUGAGAUCAAAGAAGCCACCUCCAGUCUGCCUCUAGAGGUGACCAGUCAGCCUGUGAUGGGCUUUGACCCUCUGCCUCCACUGGACUCAGUGAUGUCGUACACCAGACCAGAAAGGCAGCAUGUUGGUGCAACCAAUGAGAGCACGUUGUCGCUGUUUUUCCGGUCUUUGCUGCCAAACUUCAACCUUCAGGGUGGACUGAGGCAGGAGGACGACAUGGAAGUUGCUCGAGCUGGACAGGAGCUGAACCAGGAAGUGAAUCGUCUGAUGGUGGCAAUGAGGGACAUGCUGGCCAACAUCAGGUUUCAAGAGCCACCGAGAGACGACAACCCGUACAGGGAUGAGGAGGAGUGGGACUGAGAGAGGAGGGAGACGGAGGUGGAAAAAAAAUAAUGACGUUGAGAAAUCUGAAAAUAUUUAAUGGUGUUGGUGGGUUUAUAAUAAUUAAGAAAAGAUUAAGUGAAACAACUGAGAAUUAUUUUUUUAAAUUGUCACAGUUAUCAGAGUACUUUAGUGAAAGGAAGAGAUGACUUAAAAUGACCCUGGGACAAUCCUGACAAUUAUGAACUUAUUUCCAGUGUCAGAAAACAGAUGGGUUUGUUGAACUUGUUACGACUCUCAAGUUGACAGUUUUAUUUGUGAUAAACAUUACGCAGUUCCAACGUCUCCAGUCAUUGUCAGUGAGAAGCACUAAUGCAUUGGGCGCUACUCUUCUUCCUCUGGUUUUCGGCUUUCAGGGAGUAUUUCAGUUUACCAACAGUGGACUGAUUUAUUUAAUAAGAACGCCUGUAAGACAGAUCUUAUUUUGAGUGGAUGUUCUGUAUCACAAAUUCAAAAGUAAGCUUAGCAGCACUUUAACGUUUUUUUUUUUGGUUUUUCUUUCACAGAAUCCAAAAGAAAGUUUGUAUUUGCAUAUACAUUGAAAUAUAUGUAAAACUCUUUUUAUAAAUACCCUCUCCUCAAACCACAGUGCUUUCCUACCAAAUAGUUUGCUAAAAAGUUUCAAAAUAAGGCAAGGGACUCCAAAAAAGGAUAUUAAUUACUUGAGUACUAAAAACAAUGCCUAAAAGCAGCACAUUAUUUUAGAAAAAGCAAAAAGUAAUUUCAUGAUAAAAAAAUAACAAAGAAAAUCUUGAUGAGAUUUAAGCAAUGAGUUGAUGGAUCUCGCUCUAGCCUUUACGAGUUAUUUAAAUCUAAUUUUCCAUAAACAUGAAUUCAUUUUUGUCUUGUCUUCUGCUAAUUUCUAAAUCAAAAUAUUAACCAUAAUAAUGGGAUUCUGUUUUUCUGUGUUAUCCACAGAAGAAAUAUAUUGGUUAAAUGGCUAUUUUGUCACAUAGUCAUUUUAUUAGAAAACCACAGUAUGAGAAUCUAAUCACAUUUUCUUGGACUUCUACUUGCCUGUUUUUGAUUCUUGUGAAAAUCUUAUCAUUACCGUAGGAUGUCUGCUGUUGCUCUGUUAUGUUCCCUCGCUCCCACUCUGUUUGGAAAUCAAUUCUGAUUUCUUUUUGAAUUGACUUGCUACAUUUUCAUUAUUUGUGGCUUACUCCACCUAAUAAAACCGUACAGAGAAUUGGCCCCAUUUUCUUUCCAGUAAUCUGCUGUCUUCAAAGUUAUGAGUAUGACACAUAUUUUAUAAAUGUUGCCUAAAUUGA